AUUUUCUUAAUAAUUUUGUCUAAUAUGGAUCAGGCACUUCAAAAUCAAGGCGAUGCUGUUUACAUGGUUUUUGUGAUGCAUCGCAAGUUGCUUAUGCAGCCGUGGUUUACUCGAGAACAAUUAUGGAAAAUGGAGAAGUUGUUGUGCAACUGCUUCAGAGUAAGACAAGGGUGGCUCCCGUAAAAUUACUCACAAUACCUAAGCUGGAGCUCUGCGCAUCUCAUUUACUUGCCCAACUGGUAGAUAAGGUAGUGAAAUCUUUGCAGGGGUGUGUUGAAAAUAUUGCUUUGUGGAGCGAUAGUACGACAGUUUUAGCGUGGAUUAGAGCGGAGCCGAUUCGUUGGACAGUGUUUGUAGCAAACCGCGUAGCAGAGAUUCAGCGUCUUACAAACGUCAGCCAGUGGCGAUAUAUUCCUACAUCCGACAACCCCGCAGAUUGUGCAACGAAAGGCAUUCUACCAGACAAUUUAUCAAUUCAUCCUCUCUGGUGGCAUGGCCCUGAGUGGCUACUUCAAAACGAGAGUGCAUGGCCAAGUGAUAUUGACUAUAGGAAGGAGACCACCCUUGAAAAACGAAAAGUGGUCAACAUCUUGCAUAUCAAUUCUUCAAGUUAUCCACAAAUUUUAUACAAAUUUUCUACUUUAGCCGCAGAGUUGAAAUCGGCAUUCAAUCGUCUGCUAUAUUUGUCCCAACGCUACGAAUAUCAUGAAGAAAUAAAGCAAUUGUUACAAACAGGUGAGCUACAGAAGAGCAAUCCGAUCAAGAAACUGAACCCUUUCAUUUGUGGAGAAGGAUUUCUACGCGUAGGAGGAAGGUUACAACUCGCUGAUAUACCUGAGAAUAUGAAACAUCCCUUUUUGUUAUCUAAGAAAAACCCUCUAACUCUACUUUUAUUUACAGACGCACAUACAAGAACGUUACAUGGGGGUAUACAACUAAUGAUAACUUUCAUUAGGCGAAAUUAUUGGAUACCAAAUGCGCGUAGAAUUGCGGAAAUUGUAUUAAAGCGUUGUUUGGUAUGCUUUAGAUAUACAGCGAAAGUAGCAGAACAACUUAUGGGACAAAUUCCAGCGGUUCGAUUGACUCCAGCGCGACCAUUCUUACAUAGCGGCGUCGAUUUUGCUGGUCCAAUUGAUGUACGCCAAUCGUCUCUUCGUAAUGCUAGAACAUCAAAGGGGUAUAUUUGUAUAUUUCUAUGUAUGGUAUCAAAGGCAGUCCACUUGGAAUGUGUCUCCAGUUUAUCUACUGAGGCCUUUAUCGCAGCUUUUCGGCGCUUCAUUUCACGUAGAGGAAAAUGUACGCAACUAUACUCAGAUUGUGGGACAAACUUCGUUGGUGCCAGCAGUCUACUGCACACCAUGCAUCAGCGCAACACAGCAUCAAUACCGGAAGACCUCAGAGCAUGUUUUGCUAGCGAAGGCACAACUUGGAAUUUUAUUCCGCCAGCCUCUCCACACUUCGGUGGUUUAUGGGAAGCUGGGGUAAAAUCCACAAAAUUUCACCUUAAGCGUGUCUUGCAAGACCGCGUUUUGAAUUUCGAAGAGUUGACUACACUUUUAUAUCAAAUAGAAGCUUGCCUGAAUUCGCGUCCUCUUUGUCCGCUCAAUGAAGAUGAGGAAAACUGCGAUGCACUUACACCAGGACAUUUUUUAAUUGGAGAACCAACUCUUAAUAUUCCUGAUGAAAACUUACUUGAUUUCGCUACUUCUGGAUUAAGUCGGUGGCGUAUGGUUGAACGCUUAAAACAACACUUUUGGCGUCGCUGGUAUUCGGAGUAUCUCAGUCGAUUACAAAGCCGUCCGAAAUGGACCACUACUCGUAUCAAUGCUAAAAUCGGCGACCUAGUUCUGAUGUAUGACGAAAGAUGUCCACCUGGCAGGUGGCCUUUAGCGCGCAUAGUUGAAAUGCAUCCAGGACCUGAUGGACUAACCCGAGUAGUCACUUUGAAAUGUAAAGGAAAAUUUUUCAAGAGACCUAUUCGUAAAAUUUGUUUUCUACCUAACGUGAACCCUUCCAAAUUAACGGAAGAUAGGAUUGUUGAAGGCAGCAACGAUACGGCUAAUGACACUUGUGACCUUGCGCUCUGCCCUACGAACAAUAGCGGCUUCGGAGCAACAACCGCAAUUAUUGGCACCAUGGACUGUCUGCCCAUUAUGAAUGGCAGCAGUAGUAGCAGUAGCAGCGGUAUUGGUACACUUGGCAUUGGCGCUGCACAUCAUCACAUCAUGCCCAACGGCAGCAGCAACUCCACCGCUGCUAUUGGCGGCGGCAGUGCACCGACAGUCACCGUUGUCGGCUCAUAUCAGCAACACCUCGCCAAUUUACAUGCACAUCAUCCUCAUCUGAAUUUGGUUGGCCAUCACACGGUGACGCCGUACAGCAAUAAUUAUCCGCUACAUCAUAGUAGUAGUCAUCAUCACAUACAAAGCGAGCAGACAAAGUCGCUGCAAGAGUUGCAGCAUGAAGUUGGUGCGCUGCUGGAAUUUCGUGAUUUGGUCAUUGAAACUUUUCCAGACCUCAAACAUAAAAUGGCCUCUAUGUCUUCGUCGUCGGCUGCUUCCACAACGAUAACGACGGGUGGUGCGCUGAUAAGCGGCACAUCGGUGUCGGGAGCAAACACACUGAUUCAUGGAAAUAGCAGUAGCGGCAUGCCAAAUGCGUCAUUGGUGUCGAGACGCGAGUGGGAGCCUGGUAUACGCUUGAAGCGCAAAAUUUCGCAAAAAGAACCGUCCACACAUUUAGCUAAUGCUGCAACAGCGGCGAACACGGCUGGUAGCGUUGCAGGCGUCGUAGCCGGCGAAUUGUCCUCAUCGUCGCUAACGCGCAGUCGCAGCAAUUCGCACAGCGGCAAAAAGGAGCCAAAGAGCGGAGAGAAUAACAAUGGCAGUGUUGUGCAAGACUCCGGCUUCUCGACGGAGACGAGCUCGUCGAAGGAGGGCCAUAGCGCUUCGUCAACGAACGGUGCUAUGACGGGUCCCACCGCGAUGAAUCGCCUCUCCUGCCACGAGUCCGAUGACGAGCUGCUAAAUUUACUCGAUGUCAUACACCGCAAAUCGAAUCGUUUACGCGAAGAAAUGGAUCAGCUUCAGCAGUAUGAGCGACAGAAUCUGCGCGGUGGUAGCAGUAAUAAUAACAACAAUCUAGCUGAUGAGUCCACAACGACAGUUGUUGCUGCGAGUGAAAUGUCCUCGCCAGUGGCGCGCAGUUCUUCGGUGUUGGCAAAGUCAAGUAGCGGCGGCAGCAGCAACCACAGCACAGUGAACGGUGCCGGCCUCACGCCGAAAACUUUCCGUGAACAUGUAGAGCGCCUCAACAAGGAGGAUAUCAAACAAUUACGUAAGGAGCGUGAUCGCUUGUUGGACAAGUUGGCCGAAAUGGAAGCUGAAACAUUGACCGGACGUAUUAAGGCGGCCAAAAUGAAUGAUCAAGUGGAGGAAUUGAUAAGCGUGAAAAAAGAUCUCGAGGAGCAGCUGAAGUUGGCGAUGGCACAGAGGUUGGAUUUGAGUGCGCGAGUGCAGCAAUUGCAGAUACAACAACAGCAGCAACAGCAACAGCAGCUGCAGAGUAAAAGUUCAUCGAGUCAAUCGGAUUAUUCGAGUCAACGGAACUUUUUAUCUUCCGCCACAACGGUGCUAUCCACAGGUAGCGCUGCUUCAGUGCAGCUUUUAGAAGCAGGCGCCGCUACCACCACCAAUACUAGCAUACUAUCGACCGCACAAAGUCGACGUCAACAUACAUUCCAGCCGGUGGUGGUGGUGGAUCAACAUCAACUAUAUCAGCGCCCAUCUCACGCAACUCCUCCCGAGGACGUACAUUUUGCAUUCCAUCAAAGCGCAGGCAGUGAUAGUAAAAGACAACAGUCGGAACAGUCCGAACAACAACAGGAGCAGCAUUUGGGCCGACUGGAUGGCAUUGUGAGCACACCAGGUGGACGAUAUAGCAAAUGUCGUAUGGUCGAUUCGAAGCGUUUCGCCGCGAUACUUUUAGAGACAAGUGUGGUCGAGUUGCAACGGCAUCUACUGACGCUCACCGUGCAGAAUCAGGUUCUUAUGCAGAAGCUGGAUGCGGCGACUAAGUCAAAAACACAUUUAGCUAAAAGACUUGACAAGUCAAAAGAUGAUGUUGAAGAUUUGCGUUUCCAGCUGGAAGAGAAAAACAUCGAGUUGGAGGGCACUAAAGCGCAACUGCGCGUUCUAGAGUCUCGCAUCCACUCGGUGACGCCUAGCAGUGGAGCACCAACUAACUCCUAUUUGCACUCGCAAAACGAUUACGAAACCAAUCGUUCAUCCGCUUCUACCACAUUAAUGUUGAGUAGGCGUGGCAUUGGUAGUGGCGCUAGUGAUACCCUGCAGUACAGUGAUUUGCGUUCGGCAACACCAGUUUCCACAACAACGACAACGAUGGCGAUAACCGGCCAAAUGCCCGCACCACAAGUUACGCAAAUCUCCACACCCAGCAUGAAAGCGAUGGUGCAUCUACCGAUGGAUGAAUUGCAACAGCAUAGUAGCAGCACGGAAUCAGCACAUGAUCAUGAUGAGUUGCAAGAGACUGGAAAUGCACAUACGAUGGUGAGCAGACUGAUGAGCGCAAGUGUGGGCGGUGUGAGUCCGUUUGAGAAUGCGCUGCGUGGCAAAAAAGUGAGCAUUGGCAGUAAACCGAGCAAGAUUCCUUUACCGGGCAGUAAAGCGGCGGCAUAUUUUGCAGGUAAACCACCUAGUGGACGACCCUCUACGGCUGGUCGUUCACCACCUUCCACCCACACCUACGCCGCCUCAAACUCGUCAAGCAAGUCAUCACUGUGCCGCAGCACAGGUAAUCUGCUCUACAGCAAGUCACCGAACAGUCUGAAGCGCGCCGACUCCGCACAAAGCAUACGUAAAGACAAUUCGUCGCUGAGUACCAAUACGAGUCGAAGCUCUACAUCUUCCUCUAUACCGCUGGCGACGCAUCACUUGUCAAACGCUACCUCGAAGUCGCCGAUCGGUGCAACUGCGGCGACUCCAAUUCCGUCCCCGAGAGUUUUGCAGAACUCUCCGCUACCGAAACUAAAGCGUGAAUCGCUCACUUCACGCGUACGCCAUUUGGAUUCACUGUCGCGUGUGCACCAACAUAAUCAUCAUUCAAAUAUUAGCAACGGCGGUGGCAGUGAUGUUUCCUGCACAUCACCCACCACCACCUCACACACCAAUAACAACAAUACUAAUUCGACUAUACUCACAUCCAGCUCGCCAACUGCACUCUCUGCCAGCUCGGCAAAUAGCUACAUCGUGAGUAGCACGCCAAAGCCAAGCGCCAUAGCAGCGCAUCUGAAUGCAACGUUGCGCAAGGACAUGCAAUUAAAUACGAGCAGCUACGGAGCCCAACAAUUUUUGAGACGCGCAACUGGAGGCAAUGCUUCCGCCAAUAGUUCCGCCGUUUCCGGACAAAGUGGGGUGAACAGCAGUGCGACAGCACGCCGUUUUAGCAGCGCCUCGGCGAUGGGUGCGCGCAUAGCUAGUCGUAAUCAAUCACAAGACGCAGGCAAUGGGGAGCACCAACAGCAGCAUCAACAGCAGAGCGACAGCGAUAGUGGAAAGCAUUCGCUACUUUACGAGCUGCUGCCAAAUUUCAAAAAUCAUAAUAAAGCCACGUCAACGAUAACACCUGUCACAUCCUGGCGUCAACAACAAUGGCAGCAGGUGCUCACCCAAGCUUUAAACAGUCAUGCGUUUAUCGGUGAUGGUCGUGAUGAUGUUGAUUGUGGCGUCGAUGUCGGUGGUGGUGCCCUCUCUCCCACAACUUUUGCAGCCCGGCCACUGCCACAGCAGUUGAUAGAACCCCUACAGCUGAAAAGUAAAAGCAAGGAUAACUAUAAUUUCGUGCGCGCCUAUGAGUUGGAAGAGCAAACUAAAUUGCAAGAACAACGUGUGAACAAAAUGAAUUCCCUACCGGAAGCCAGCAUAUCCAGCUUUGAUUACUACUACUCGAAUGAGUCCUUCCGCAGUUCAGAUCGCGGCAGCGAUAAUAUAUUAGUCACCUUUGAUUAUGGUUUUAGUGACUCACUGCUCGAAGAAAUAUCUGGUGAUGAUUUUAGUGUUGAGAAGAAGAAAACACACAUUGCUUUCGCUGAUUUACGCACGGUAUACCCAAUCAAGGAGGAAACAGAGUAUGCGCGUGCGAACGAUGAGAUGAAUGUUUGGCAGCGAAAACCGUUGAGUGUUAGUUGCCUAGAAAAAUAUGAAGGUGACGAUUACAGCGAUAGCUGGGAACAGAAGGAUGAGGACGAACAGGAGGAGGCUGUAGGCGCACAAAUUUGGUUCAAUACAGCGCUGACACGCAGUAAAUAUGAGUUGGGCUGUGGUGCAGCAUUCAAAGUACAUCACAUGCAGCAUGCGCUGGCAGAGGAUGGUGAUGAAGAAGAUGUGGACGAACAGAGUAAUAACUCCUCGUUGGUGGAGCAAAAUAUCGUUUGCGAGAGUGGGCGCAGUGCCAGUAGCGCCAGCAGUUUUUAUUAUCGACGUUUGGCGCUGGACCAAUGGGGCGAAGAGGUCGUUGUCGAUGAUGCAGACAUUGCACAGAAAGUAAAUGCAAAUAAAGGGGCAGAUACUGAGGACGAAGGAGAGGAAUUUUUCGAUAGCCUGAACUGAGUGUGGUAGCAUUUGUUCUCUAAACUAUAUAAUUUUUUUUUAGUAAUUUGGUUAUGUGUUUGUAUAAUUUAGUGUACGAAUGGCACUUUUUUUUUUUUGCAAACAUUGGAGGUUUGUUAUUUGUGUUUAUUUGUUAUUUUUUUAUUUCAAUUAAUGUUUCAUGUUAUAAUAGCGCGGCUCAUGCGUGCACGUGUAGGAGAAUGUUUUGUUUUGGUACGUACCACAACUUUAAAAGGUACAGUUAUCGAGAUUUUAAGUAAAAAAUUGUUCGGGCUAUGCUUUCGUAAAAAUUGCGCAAAUUGAAGUGAAAGAAGAAACGAAAAAGUAGAGUUUCGCGUUAAUCUGUAAUAUGGAGAUAUACGCCAAAUGAUUUUGAUGUGCGUUAAAUUUUCACGAUCGUAACUGGACAAACUAUUUAUAGCUACUUUGUAUUAUUUAUUGAGUAUUUUUUUGUAUAUUUACUAACCACCAAACACUACUUCUUUCCUAUCUACUACCUUAUUUACAUACUUAUUUACAUACAUACAUAUAUUGAGCACUUAUUUCAGCUGAGCUGAAAAUUGAAAAAGAUUUGUUAAAAACACAAAUGUUUGAAAACAAUCUGAAAAAUUGUGCUUUACAUUAUGCGACAGCACCAAAACGAAGCGGUUUUCAUUAAUAUUUUCUCAAAGCUCACCUAUCCAAGAAUAAAGCACCUGCUGGGUAUGGUAAAGGGGGGGGGCUCUAUUUUUUAUCAUGGUUACUUUGAUUUUUAUAUGCCUAAAUCUUAUUUCUGAGAUUUGAUUUAUUAGGAGCUAUUCGAUCUCUAUGCCUAUGAUUGGUUGAAAAUAUUUUUUUUAUUGUAUUUUUCUUUGAGGAAACUAUAUCUUAAAAUAUAUUUUUUGUGGUCAAAUUAUCAAAAAACGUAAAUUUUUUGCAUUUUUUUAAACAAAAAUAUCAAGCGAAUGUACAAGGGGGCACAAAAUUAAUCAUCAAUUUUUGUUUUUGCAUAACUUUUUUACUAAAUAAAUACCGAAAAAUGGUUUGGAGUGAUGGACAUUUUUUUUUUUUACUUUUACGCGCUCUAUUGCUUGUCUGUUUCCACUUGCAAAAAUUAACAAUAUUCCUCGUAUUUAAAAACUAUUCGCUCAAAACACAUUAAAUAAAGUCAUCUUUUUUUAUGAAAAAAUCAAUUUAUUAAAAAUACAAUUCAUUGAAAAUAAAUGAAAAUACCGCCAAUUGAAAGUCUAAUUUAUUGAAAACACAAUUCAUUGAAAGUAAAUUGUUUUCCAGAUUUUGUUUACAAUUUUAUGUCUCAUUUUACGCAGAAAAAUAUGGAAAGUAAGGCGAUUUUAUUACAAGAGCAGAACAUCCAAUACGGCAGCCAGAUUUAAGUGUACAAAAAUUCCAUGGAGAUAAAAAAAAAUUAAAGUGACCAUAAAAGAAAAUUGAGCUAACUUUUAUGAAUUCAGCUGAGCUGCAAAUUGCGUCAGUAUCAAAAUGGAAAUUAUUCAUAAAAAAACAAAAGCAAAUUUCUUACGCAAACUCAUAGUAUUUACAUUUAAUAAUAUUGGGUUAGGGAAUAACUUCGUAGCGUAGGCCGAAGGCUAUUAUUUAAACAAAUCACAAUAAUUAUAUCAAUAAGUUAAUCAAUUAUAUAUUCGCCGUUGUUGUUUACAACUUCUUCCCACCUCUCGACCAAUUUGUUGAUGCCGUUCCGUCAAAAAUUGUCUGGUCUGGUGUAAAAGAAGUUAUUGAGCCAGUUUUGAUAGACCUCUUUGUUAUCGAAGCUAACGCCCUUCAUAUGGUUUGACAGGGAGCGGAACAUAUGGUAAUCGGUGGUGCAAGGUCCGGAGAAUACGCUAGAAGCUGAACGACUUCUCACUCGAGCUCUUGGAGUGCGACUUUGAUGACUAGUGCAACAUGGGACCUCGUGAAAUAGUAUGGUUUGACCAUGUCGAUCAGGUCUUUUCAGUCGAAUAGCCUCAUUCAUGCGAUGUAGCUGGGCAAUGUAGAACUCCUUAUUGAUCGUGGCAUUCUUUUCGAGCAUUUCCCAGGGCACCAUGCCCUCCCAGUACCACCAAAGCCAUAUCAUGAUCUUCUUUGGAUGAAGAAUUCGAAUUCAGAAGGCCUUCCGCUGCGGGACGUGUCAUCGACGUCAAAGUCGCUAUUUUUGAACUCUGCAAACCAUGUUCGCGCUGUAGACUCACCUAUGACACCUUCUUCAUAAAUGCCGCAGGCUGAUUCGGCAGCUUUUUGAACUCGAUGAAAAGCAUAGAAGAGCAAGUGUCGAAAAUCUUCAUUUUUGCCUCAAAACUAAUAAAAAAUUAAAUAACUCAAAAAUACAAAUAACAUAGUUUUGUAGAGCAGAAACAGUUCUAUCGAACGAAUAGUUACCUUUUGCCAAACAGCAAACAAAUCGUUGUGAAAUAAAAGAAAAUAUAAAAACAAUACGAACUUAUUCCCAAACCUAAUAGUUUCAAUUUAGAAUAAAAAGCGUCGCCAUUGUU